GGGACGGGGAGGAGAACAGAGGACCGGGGCUGAGAGCACGGGGCAGGGUCGCCCAGGGCAUGUGCAAUGCGAAGCGGUCUGGGCCGUGGAUGGUGGCUGGGAGCUGCCACUAAUUUAGGGUGGGGGAGGGUGCUGCGGGCAUGGGCUGGGACCGUGGCAGGGGUAGUGACAGGGCCUUGGGAAGAAACCACAGAGAGAAAGAAUGAAGAGCCCUCCUCAGCCCCCCUCUGGUGGACGUUCUGCCCUGGGGCUCCUAAGUUUGUGGCAGAUGGGGUGGAAGUCAUCCAGGGACGGGUGAAGAGUGGAAGGAUGCCCAGGUGAUCAGACGUCUGCAUCCUGCCAUCUGGGAGGGUGCUGUGAGCGAGCAAGUUCCAGCCCCUGAGCACACGACGGGGGCGCGCGUGCUCAUGCACCCCUCUUAGUGAGUCUUAAUCCACAUCAGUGUUUCUCCACCUUUAUUUACACCCCGCUAAGGAAAGCUUUUAGACCUGUUUUUCCUAAUCCAGCUCCCCCCAUGAGAUCUUAAUAUUAUGGAUAGACUGUAUAUGUUUAUGUACCGUGGUCCUUUAGAGAGCCACAAACCACUGUAAUAACUAAGAUUUUUCUGGACCCCACCCCAAGAACCAAUUUUCACCCCCAUUCAGAAGGCAUGGUCUACACACUUGUUUCACACGUCUGCCCAGGCCCUGUGGCCCUCACCUGUGUCUACCUCCCGUACCUUCCCGUCGCAGGUGCAAAGGUGGCAUCUGCUGCGUGUCCAUCAGCAUGUGUCUGAGUGGGUCUGUCCAUAGCCGGUCCGAGUGUCUUUGCGAGCAUGGCACGCAGGCAGGUUGGCCGGCUGACAGCCUCAAGUGGGACCAGAAGACAUUCCCAACUCAGGGAGACGGAGCUGUUGCUCACUUGCUGUACAAAAUGAUAUUCCUCACGGCGCUGCCUCUGUUUUGGAUCAUGAUUUCAGCCUCUCGCGGGGGUCACUGGGGGGCCUGGAUGCCCUCAUCCAUCUCGGCCUUCGAGGGCACGUGUGUCUCCAUCCCCUGCCGCUUCGACUUCCCCGACGAGCUACGGCCGGCCGUUGUGCACGGUGUCUGGUACUUCAAUAGCCCCUACCCGAAAAACUACCCGCCAGUGGUCUUCAAGUCACGCACCCAAGUUGUCCACGAGAGCUUCCAGGGCCGCAGCCGCCUCCUGGGGGCCCUGGGCCUGCGCAACUGCACCCUCUUGCUCAGCAACCUCAGCCCCGAGCUGGGCGGCAAGUACUACUUCCGCGGGGACCUGGGGGGCUACAACCAGUACACCUUCUCCGAGCACAGCGUCCUGGACAUCAUCAACACCCCCAACAUCAUGGUCCCCCCAGAGGUUGUGGCAGGCACAGAAGUGGAGGUCAGCUGCAUGGUGCCUGACAACUGCCCCGAGAUGCACCCGGAGCUGAGCUGGCUGGGCCACGAGGGGCUCGGGGAGCCGGCUGUGCUGGGGCGGCUCCGCGAGGACGAGGGCACCUGGGUGCAGGUGUCGCUGCUGCACUUCGUGCCCACCAGGGAGGCCAACGGCUACCGGCUGGGCUGCCAGGCCUCCUUCCCCAACACCACCCUGCAGUUCGAGGGCUACGCCAGCCUGGACGUCAAGUACCCCCCGGUGAUUGUGGAGAUGAACUCCUCGGUGGAGGCCAUCGAGGGCUCCCACGUCAGCCUGCUCUGUGGGGCCGACAGCAACCCGCCGCCGCUGCUGACCUGGAUGCGGGACGGCACGGUGCUCCGGGAGGCGGUGACCGAGAGCCUGUCCCUGGAGCUGGACGAGGUGACGCCCGCGGAGGACGGCGUCUACGCCUGCCUGGCCGAGAACGCUUAUGGCCAGGACAACCGCACCGUGGGGCUCAGCGUCAUGUAUGCACCCUGGAAGCCGACGGUGAACGGGACAGUGGUGGCCGUGGAGGGGGAGACAGUCUCCAUCUUGUGCUCCACACAGAGCAACCCGGAUCCUAUUCUUACCAUCUUCAAGGAGAAGCAGAUUCUGGCCACCGUCAUCUAUGAGAGCGAGCUGCAGCUGGAGCUGCCUGCCAUCAUGCCUGAGGAUGAUGGAGAGUACUGGUGCGUGGCCGAGAACCGGUACGGUCAGAGGGCCACCGCCUUCAACCUAUCCGUGGAGUUUGCCCCCGUGAUCCUCCUGGAGUCCCACUGUGCGGCGGCCCGUGACACGGUGCAGUGCCUGUGCGUGGUAAAAGCCAACCCAGAGCCGUCCGUGGCCUUCGAGCUGCCCUCGCGUAACGUGACCGUGAACGAGACGGAGCGCGAGUUCGUGUACUCGGAGCGCAGCGGCCUCCUGCUGACCAGCAUCCUCACGCUGCGGGGCCAGGCCCAGGCCCCGCCCCGGGUCAUCUGCUCCUCCCACAACCUCUAUGGCACCAAGAGCCUGGAGCUGCCCUUCCAGGGAGCCCAUCGCCUGAUGUGGGCCAAGAUCGGGCCCGUGGGAGCGGUGGUUGCUUUUGCCAUCCUAAUUGCCGUCGUCUGCUACAUCACCCAGACGCGCAGAAAAAAGAACGUGACAGAGAGCGCCAGCUUCCCAGCGGGGGACGACCCCCCCGUCCUGUUCAGCAGUGACUUCCGCAUCUCUGGGGUGCCGGAGAAAUAUGAGGUGAGGCCAGAACCCUGUGGGGCCAGGCUAGCUGGAGAUCCUGUGUGCCAGGGACCCCGAGGGCCUGGAGGGGGCCCGGGAGACCCAGGGGCAGAGGGGGAGCUGGCCCCGCAGAAGGGAGGGAGGGGUCGUGCGGAGGGCUGGCUUGGCCCUGGGCUGGGAAGGGGUGCUCAGGCUGAGGCCUGGCGGGGGGCUGUGGAGCUCAGGGCCCAAGAGAAGCCCUCAUCCACCCCACCUGCGUCUAUGACUGCAUUUCCUUCUCCAAUAGUCCAGAGAGCUCUCUACCCUGGAAUGAGCACCCCAGGAGGUAGGUUCCGGGGGCCUCAGUGUGCCCACCUCUGGGCCCUUGUUGGGCCCUGGGGUUGGCGUGCAUGUGUGUGCGUCCCCGUCAGGCGUCCAGGUUGGUCCCCACUUCAGUCUGGCUCUGCCCAGCACUCCUGGCCUUGUCUAUUCUGUCCCAUUGCUGCUCCCCUCUGUAUGUCUGUGGCCACUGUCCUGUGUGUGUGUGUGUGUGUGUGUGUGUGUGUGUGUCCAAAGGUGGGGGGUAGGGAUGGAAAGCGUGACAGGGAAGCCAAAGUUGCACCUGCAGGAUCUCCCAGGUUGAGGAGGGGGACCACACCAGACCCAAACAUACUGAGUCAGGCAUUUACAAAAAUCGGGGAAGGUGGGCACCCGACCAGGUGGCUUUAAUCUAAGAGCAUGUUAUGGACUGAAUUGAGUGCCCCCCCCCCAAAAUUCCUAUGUUGAAGAAGGCUUCCUGGAAACGUUGAAUUUGUGGGCGACUUUCAGGCUUGGCAGCGAGGAGGUUGUUUUGCGUAGCGGGGAUCGGCACAGGCAAGAGCUCCAGAGGGGGACUGGGGACCGUGGGGCUGGCUGAGCUGGCGGUCCUUAAGGAAGGAGGCUCACACAGGACUCAGCUCUGGGAGGUGCAAGCGACUCCAGCCUUUGCAUCUGUCAAGGGUGGAACAGGACCUUCUAAUGAGUUGGUUCCC